GGGCAAGAUACGAUAAGGAACGCGCGAUUAUCGGCGGUCUUCCGUGAUCGUGGUGGACUAUUAAAGCAUGGGUUCACUGCACCUUGGGUGGGCUGAUUGAACCUGCAUACGAUUCUGUUUACAUUUGUUGCGUCACAAGUAUAGCUUCAACGAUGGCUGCUCCACGUCGCCCUCCUCCCGCUUAUACCGCCCCCGCAGACUCCGGAGUUCAUGGUAUCUCGAAGCUCUAUCGAUCGAUCUCCGAAACAGCCACUGAAACUUCCCAACGAACCCUCGAGUCCUCAUUUACCGUCCGUCCAUGCUCAGGCCAGGCGUGGGUCGUCCCAGCCGGACACAUCUGCCGUCUCACUACACCCAAGGGACCUCAAGUCGGUGAUCUCAACAUCUGGAAUGCAAAUAACCCACGCGAACGACUCUGGGCCGCGCGGACUCGUCAGAUCCACGCCUCCCACGUGUCUGUCGGGGACCGCCUCUGGUCGAACCUGCCCUACCUGCGUCCUCUCGUCACCAUCACCGGAGACUCGCUAGCAGGCGGCCAACUCCACGAAGUAUUGGAGGAGGACGGAAAGCGCAAGGAAGGCAAAGGCUUUGGGACGACACAGUUUGGAGGCCGUGUCCAUGAUCUACUGGGUACUCGUUGCGAUCCGUACGUGAAUCUGGUCAUGGGCGGAGAGAGCUUCGAUUUUCAUUGUCAUUCGAACCUGACCCGGGCGGUUGUUCCGUAUGGGUUGACCGAGCUGGAUGUGCAUGAUGUGCUUAAUGUUUUUCAGGUGACGGGGCUGGAUGAGGAGGGGAAGUACUUUAUGGAAACGUCGCCUGCGAAACCGGGGGAGUAUUUUGAGUUCUUUGCUGAGGUUGAUGUUCUUUGUGCGCUGUCUGCGUGUCCUGGGGGUGAUUUGUCUAACUGGGGCUGGGAGGAAAAGGCGGAUAUGGGGGCCACUACCCGUCCUCUUGGUGUGGAGGUAUACAAGUUGACUGACGCCAAGGUGUUGGAAGGAUGGAAGGAGCCUCAGAGCCCCAAGUAUGCUGGGAUGCAUGGCAUGAAGAUGCCACAGAGAGAGAACGAUGGAUCCGGCUAUGUCGGGCUAUAAAUACCCUCAAACAAAAACUACCUCGAUACCUAAGAUCACAUAGUAAAGAAGAAAGUAGUUAAGUUGAAGCGUCUGACUAAA